GGUAUAUUGAAUCUAUUAUGAUUGAUUGACAAGUUGUGAAGACAUGGCUGGCAUGCAGAGCAAUUGCUCUGGUGUAGAGAGCUCUACACAAAUGAACACAUUUCGCUCUUACGUGUCAAUGCUAACUGAUCCAAACUGCAAGGAUGAAAACAAACUUAAAGCUGCACAAGCACUCAGUGAGGAUUUGGAGGGCAUUGCUCUGUCUCCUCAGUACCCCUCAUUCCUGGAGCAUGCCAUCAACACCUUCCUCAAGAUACUGAGCGAGGGCGAGCCUCAGUUCAUUUCUGAGCAUCAUCAGCAGCAACUGCGAAAACUGGUGCUCGAGAUGAUCCACAGGCUCCCUAGCAAUGACUUCCUGAAGCCCUACCUACGGCAGAUCCUCACCGUUUGCUUCCAACUCCUACAAAAAGAUAAUGAAGAGAACGUCAUGGUGGCUCUUAGAAUCAUCAUUGAACUUCACAAAACUUACAGACCACAGUUUUCUACUGAGGGCGCGCAGCAAAUAAAGGAAUUCCUGGCUUUUGUGAAGACUAUGUACAGCGAACUGCCCAACCACCUGCCGAAGAUCUUCGAGCCCAAGCAGAGCUUGCGUGUGACAGACCUCGCCGAGCUCGACUUGGACAGAUUACUGACGGGAACUUUCGCCAUCACGCCCAUACAGACGGAGAAGAAGCAGGCCGAUGAGUCGCCUGUCACUUACAACGUGAUCCCGCGGGCGCUGCUGUCACUCAAGGUGCUCACGGAGCUUCCGAUCAUCGUGGUGCUGAUGCUGCAGCUCUACAAGGACCAGGUCUACCAGGAGGUCGUCGACUUCAUACCCCUCAUCAUGGACACCAUCACCCUCCAGCCAGUGCACAGGGAGAACGAGCCCUUCAACAAGGAGGUGUUCGUCGACCUGAUCGCCGCGCAGAUCAAGAUCCUGUCGUUCCUGGCGUACAUCAUCAAGACGUUCCAGGACCGCGUGGUGGAGCACUGCGACCAGCUGGUGCAGGGUAUGCUGCAACUGCUCACCCUCUGCCCCAGCGAAGUGGCUCACCUGCGUCGGGAGCUGCUUAUCGCCACCAAGCAUAUCCUUGCGCUCGAACUCCGUGUCCAGUUCGUGCCUCACAUCGAUCGCUUGUUCGAUGAAAAGCUGUUGUUCGGAAGCGGGUGGACCGCUCACGAGACGCUGCGACCGCUGGCAUAUUCUACGCUAGCUGAUCUGGUUCACCACGUCAGGACGAAGCUGAAUUUACAAGCGUUGAAUCGCGCAGUACAUCUUUUUUCGAAAAACAUCCACGAUGAGACACUACCUACGAGCAUCCAGACUAUGUCUUGCAAGUUAUUAUUGAACCUGGUGGAUGGCAUCAGGACCUACAACCAUGAUGAUGGCCACGACCCGAUGCUUCCUAAAGACUUGCUCAUCCGCAUGUUGCAGGUUUUCGUUGAUAAGUUCAAGUCCAUAGCUCAGCUGCAGGUUCCUUACUUGAAACAGAAGCACGCAGAAAAAGAAGCCGUUGGUGCGACACCGUCAGCUUUCUCUGCUACUUCUGCGCCCAGCAGCACGCCAGGGUCGAGCUCAAGCAAUGGCUUGGACGCUGGCCAGGAAAUCAAACAAGAAGAUGUUAAGGACUCAAAGAUUCCUUUGGGUGCUUCAGCCGGACCUGGUGCCACUUCUUGCACUUCCUCAGAUACAGAGAACGCUAAAGAAAAAGAUCAAAUCCAGAAGCUUGGCGCACCUCCAAAUGUCACUCAAAAUUAUAGUGUGCCUGAUUGCAAAGCCCUCGUCAAGACUUUGGUCUCAGGCGUCAAGACCAUCACAUGGGGGUAUACGAAUUCGCGUUUCUGCGCCGAGAAACAUUCUAAUGGCGAGAAAAUUUUUGAACCGAAAGAGGUCCUGAUAUUCAUCAGGUUUGUUAAGUGGGCGAUGCAAGCUCUGGACAUUUACGCCAUCAACACCCCUGGUACCACACAGGGGGCCGCCCAUGGUCCCUCCCCCCAGCGGGGCGCGGCAGUCACGACCGCUGGCCGAUCCAAAGAAGAAAAAGAUGUUCUCGAACAUUUCGCGGGCGUCUUUACGUUACUUAAUCCAGCGACUUUUAGAGAAAUAUUCUCUACCACCAUCGACUACGUUGUUGACAGGAUCCACCUGAAUAAUGCUCUCCAAGGGGUAGCGAACACGUUUCUUGCCAAUCCUGUUCCAUCGCCUGUGUUCGCGACUAUUCUGGUGGAGUACCUCCUCAAGCACAUGGAAGAGAUGGGGAAGCCCGUGGAACGGUCAAGCCUCUACUUAAAACUCUUUAAGCUGGUGUUCGGAAGUGUAUCGCUCUUCGCUACUCCAAAUGAACAAAUGCUCAAGCCUCAUUUGCAUCAGAUUGUCAACAAAUCCAUGGAGUUGGCUAUGAGUGCGAAAGAACCGUACAAUUACUUCCUGCUUCUGCGAGCGCUCUUUCGGUCUAUUGGGGGAGGUAGUCACGAUUUGCUAUACCAAGAGUUUCUUCCUCUAUUGCCUACAUUAUUGCAAGGCCUCAAUAGCCUGCAGAGCGGUCUGCACAAACAGCACAUGAAGGAUCUUUUCGUGGAGCUGUGCCUGACUGUACCCGUCCGUCUCUCUUCCUUGCUGCCAUAUCUGCCCAUGUUAAUGGAUCCGCUUGUGUCUGCUCUCAACGGCUCCCACAUGCUUAUCUCCCAGGGCCUGCGAACACUCGAACUUUGUGUCGACAAUCUUCAACCUGAUUUCUUGUACGAACACAUCCAGCCCGUUAGAGCUGAGCUCAUGCAGGCUUUGUGGAAAACCCUGCGCAACCCCAACGACAACACUGCACAAAUUGCCUUCCGCGUUCUCGGCAAGUUUGGAGGCGGAAACAGAAAAAUGAUGAUUGAGCCGCAAAAACUGACCUACGAAGAACAAGAAAUCCCGAGUACAUGCAUCAAUGUCCAGUUCGCUGAACACAAAAUGCCUAUAUUACUUCCUGUUGAAAGGAUCAUUGAAGUCGCGUUCAAUGCAUUGAAAACGUCCACGACGGAACCCUGGUACCGACAGCAAUGCUGGGAAGUUGUGCGCUGCUUCCUCAUAGGAUCUAUGCUCAAGGACCAAGAUCGAGGCCUUUUAUUGAAGCUAAUUAACCACCCAAGCUUCAAAGAUGGAGAGAUCACAGCUUCUGAACCAUACAAGUGCCGUGACGAGGCAGCUCGCCGAGUUCACCAGAUGGCGUUGACUGCGAUGCUCGUCACGGCAGCCAUCAAGGAACUGAGUAAGCAGGUGCUGCGAACUGUCGUGUCCGUGGUACGACACUAUACGAUGGUCGCCGUCGUCCAGCAGGCGGCACCAUUCAAUGUCCAGAACAAGAUUCAGGGCAUGGAUCCGUACGUGCUGAUUGACGCUCUCGCUGUCGUUAUGGGACAUGAAGAAAAGGAACUUUGCAAACCUGGUCAUGUGACUCUGAUGUUGAUCAUCAGCGCCGCUAGUGACAUCCUUGGAAGCAAAGAACGAGCCUCUCGACUGCCACUGAUGGAGUAUCUUGCCGUGAAGAUGUGCCAGCUGUGCUACGAACGAGCUUGGUAUGCUAAACACGGCGGUUGUCUCGCCAUAAAAAUCCUGUGUGAGAACAUGCCACUCAAGUGGGUCUUGCAGCACCAGUUUGCCUUCUUGAGGGCGCUCAUGUACGUCAUGAUGGACUUGUCUGGUGAAGUUUCCACUGGCGCAGUCGACAUGGCCAAGACAAACUUAGAGAAAAUACUACUGCAGUGCGCUUCUCCUCUUCAACCUCCACAUGACACUCAAGAGAUGCUGGUCAUGCAAGAGAAGUCUCUGCACGAGGUCACUCAAGAACUUGUCCUUCAAGUUACCUCAUCGAACACUAUCGUUAGGGAACAGACUAUGCAAUCUCUUCACCUUUUAGGGAGACUUACUGGUCGCGGCGUAACGGAGGUCAUGUUGCCUCACAAGAAAGUCUUGGCUGACAUGAUCCCUCCGAAGAAACACCUCCUGCGUCAUCAGCCUGCCAAUGUCCAGAUUGGUCUCAUGGAAGGUAAUACUUUCUGCACGACUCUCGAGCCCAGGCUGUUCACACUCGAUACUAAUGUUCAAGAGCACAAAGUCUUCCUCAAUGAGCUAUUGUAUCUCGUUGAUUUUGACGAUGUGCAUCUCAGAAAGUAUUCUUGCUACAAAAACGUGAGCAGCUUGAUACCGCUUAAAAAAUCUGCUCUCCGCGCGCUUUCUACAUGUCACUACAUUCAUGUCUCACAAGACAAGAUCUUCACUUCCAUCUACAAAGCGCUAAUUACAAGCAACAACACGGAAAUUCAAGAAGCUGCUUUCGAGGGCCUCCAGAAGUUUUUGGACGGCCGAGCGCCCUCCGACUCCAUCACAGCUGUGGUCCGCCCUCUAGUGUCCCAGAUCUGCAACAGCAUGACUCGUCUUUCUCCUCAAAUGGUUUCCAAGAUUUCAUACAUCUCACGUCUGUUCCCUAAUCUCUUCACAGAAUUCGUGUGUAACGAACUCUUGCAGUACUGCUGCAAUCUUCUCGACAGUGCCGCCCUCAAUCCCCGAUCUACCGCCGAGCUGCAACUUGCGGCCAGCAUCCUAGACCUGUUCCACCGCAUGCCGCAAACUUCACCGCGCUCCAUUGAGCGCAUGGCUACUAAAGUGAUGGCGGCUGAGCGUGCACUUCUCAUUGAGGCUGGAAGCCCACUACGUGAGCCACUCGUCAAUUUCCUCGUCCUCCAUCCCGUCGAAACUCUCGAACUCUUCCUCUCCCCAGCUCAUGCUGGCAAUGAACAGUGUGGGCGCUACUUGGAAUACAUUAUUCGGCACUCGAUUUCCGCUCCACUGCGGAGUCAGAUGGAGCUAUUGGGUGAUAGGCUGCUCUCUUUGAUGUCAGAAACUGACGUGACACCGGCGUUCAGCGCUCAGAAACAUUUCCUGGCCAUCAGAAUGACCCUGCUGGCCGCUCGCCACAACAACGCCUGGCUUGACACGCAGCCCGCACUCCUGCAGAGUAUCCGUGACCUCUGGAACUCUGAAGACUUCCACGAGAAGCACAUAAUGUGCGAUACCGUUGAAUUCAGCCACUGGAAGAUUCCUCGAAUGGUCGUCUCUAUCUUGCUGAUCUACUACAAAAACCACAGUGACGAUAUUCCCCUUUUGUUCCAAUUGGUCAAAGCGUUCAUUGGACGCUACAUUCCCGAAUUUCAAUUCCUCCGUGAGUUCCUUGAGGAAACUGUGGCGAAAACUUAUGCUGUCGAGUGGAAGCGUCGAGCGUUCUUUGAGUUUGUGCAACUGUUUGUGGAUGGCUCAGUUGUUCAAGAACUCAAGGCCUGCGUUCUGCAGUACAUCAUCAUCCCCAGCUUCUCUGUGAGCUUGGAGCGUGGCGAACGCGAUCUGCUGAUCAGCAAUAGCGAAACUCCCUGCAUUGAUUCCCCCGAUAACAUCGUAUCGGUCUUCAUCAACCAAAUCAUGAACCCAGACAACAACGGGCACUUCAUCGACGCGCUACGCAUCCUGUUAUUACAGUUGUCAUGUCUUUUGGUGGAGAAAGCUUCUAACUAUUUCCACGAUGACAGCAGCCACCGUCAGGGUGAGAAGAUGAGACAAGGAGACAAGUUACGUCGUCUCAUGACCUUCACAUGGCCGUGCUUGCUAGCGAAGAACUGCGUCGACCCAGCCACCAAGUAUCACGGGCAUUUGCUGCUCUCGCAUAUCAUCGCCAAGUUCGCCAUCAACAGACGCAUCGUCUUGCAAGUUUUCCACAGCCUCCUCAAGGCGCACGCCAUGGAGGCCAGAACUGUCGUCAGACAAGCCUUGGAGAUACUUACUCCCGCCAUGCCUGCUAGAAUGGAAGACGGCAACACAAUGCUGACCCACUGGACUCGUAAGAUCUUGGUAGAAGAAGGCCACAGCAUCGGCCAACUGGUGCACAUCCUUCAGCUGGUGGUGCGCCAUGUGGACGUGUACCAGCCGGUGCGCCAACACCUCGUCCACCACAUCACCAGCGCCAUGCACAAGCUUGGCUUCUCCAUCACUGCCAAUAUGGACCAGAAGAGGCUGGCUGUUGACCUCGCAGAGGUGUGCAUCAAGUGGGAAGAACGUCGAGUAGCGGACGAGAAAGCAGGCGUCGUGGCGCCGGCAGUAGAGACCCGCAUGAAGGGACGCACGUUGCUGGACCAGUACCGACCUGCCGUGCAUGCAGACACGGUCGUCUACUUUCUGGUUCGUUUACCGUGCCAAGUUCACGAGACUAGUAGCGCCACAUCAGUGCUUCUGCCCAACGCUUCCCCGCCCCUGCCUGCAGCUACAGCCAGCGAGCUUCUGUCCAGAAGGUGCUCACUUCUGCUCAAAAGAGCCCUGGUCGUGUGGCCCAAUGCUGAUCCCAAGCUUGCUUGGCUGGAUAAGCUCUUCCAGGGCCUAGAAACUCCCCAAUACAGUCUAGGUAAUGUUUGUUCCGGUCUUGAGCUUCUAACUUACCUCGUAGGGAAGCUCAAGAAGGAACAAAUGCUUGCAGCCGUAAAGAGUCUUUACCGCGGACUCCUAUCAUGUUGCUCCUGCUCCAAUCCACGCGUCAUCCGUCUUCUUCAUCCUCUUUUGUCAACUCUGCUCACGACUUUCGGUGUUGAUGAACUGGACGAGUUUGUCACCCGUGCAGCCAAGCUGGUGCAGGAGGCACUGGCCAACCACGACCGUGGCACAACAGGCGCCGUGGGUACCCUGUACCCCGCCCUUAUGGUCAUGAGGGCGCUGGCUCAACACUCGACGCAGCAUCUGGACCGUCUUAUGACGGCCAUCAUGAAGGUCCUGCAGAAAAUUACCAGGGACCACAUCACACCAGCUCAGAUCGGCCCUGACGCAGCAGGGGAAGCAAAUCGUGUAGAGGCGCUCAUCGUGCUGCUGGAGCUCGUUAAGAACAGAGUGAGUGUCAUGGGCGUCGACAUGAGGAAGAUCUUCAUCGGCAACAUCCUGGUGGGUCUCGUCGAGAAGACCCCGGACGUGAAGGUGAUGAAGGCCAUCACGAAGGUGGUGGGUGAGUGGGUGCGUGCUAAGCCAACCGCCCCAACGGCGUCAAACCAGGCGCCAAGUCUGCGUGAGAAGAGCAUCCUACUGGUCAAGUUAAUGCAGUACGUUGAGAAGCGCUUUGCUCAGGAUGACGAAAUGAUGGCGCAAUUCCUGAACCUUGUUCUCUUCGUGUACCGUGACGAACAUUUGAGGAACACUGAGCUUGUGAGCAAGCUUGAGACUGCAUUUCUGGCCGGUCUCAGAUGCACUCAACCACAAAUACGCGCUAGUUUUCUGCAAGUGUUUCAGGAUAGCAUGCCUUGUAGGCUUUACAGUCGCCUGCUCUACAUCGUCUGCUCGCAGAACUGGGAGAACAUCGGUCCUCACUACUGGAUCAAGCAGUGUAUCCAAAUAUUGCUCAGUACAGCACACGAUAAAAUCCCCAUACAAGUGUCGCGCAGUGACAUUAUGUUGCCCAGCGUCACGUCCGUCGUGGGCUGGGCCGAGGCCAGCGACCGCGCCCUCUUCUCCAUGCUCGCCAACGUCAAAGAAGAAGACGUGGAUUCGUCAUCUGUGAGCACGUCGACGGAAAAUAAUCAAGAAGAUAUUGACAUGGAAUUAUCUUCCACGGUUCCCGGUGAGGGUUCACUCUCGGGUGGACGAAAUUCUUCUCCAAACUCGCGAGCUAAACUGCAAAACCUCAUCUCCACACAAUGGAAGUUCUAUCAAAGUGCCAAUGAAGUUUACACAAGCCACUUCUUAGCAGGAACCGCUCAGCUCUGUCAUAUGGACACAAGUCUGGCUGAGUGGGUUUGGAAGCAAUUAUUCCCGCGUAUUUGGAAGAUUCUUAGUGAGAAACAGCAGCAGUCGUUAAGCAAGGAAAUUCCUCCGUUCGUUUCGUCCGGUACCCACAUCGUUCAGAAAGAAUGCCAUCCGUCUGCCAUUCAAACGUUCGUAGAAGCUCUUUGUCUGUGCCAGCCGAGCGUGCCAAUGCGUCCCUUCCUCCUGCAGUACCUCGGUAAGGGCCACAACCUGUGGCACCGCAUGUGCCUGCAGCUCGAGGCCCUGAUGCAGGCAGGACAGGUGCCCUUCUCUGCCAUCAAGCGCGACUCCGAGUAUUUGGACCCCAUCCUCUCCCUGCAGCAGGAAGCCCUGUUUGGACUGCACGACCUGUACUCGCUGAUGAAGGAGGAGGACCUCUGGGCGGGGCUGUGGCAGACGCACGCCCAUUACCCAGAGACCAAACUGGCCCUUAAGAUGUUUACGNGCUGGCUCAGGUCAGAGCUUCGUGCUGGCUCAGGUCAGAGCUUCGUGCUGGCUCAGGUCAGAGCUUCGUGCUGGCUCAGGUCAGAGCUUCGUGCUGGCUCAGGUCAGAGCUUCGUGCUGGCUCAGGUCAGAGCUUCGUGCUGGCUCAGGUCAGAGCUUCGUGCUGGCUCAGGUCAGAGCUUCGUGCUGGCUCAGGUCAGAGCUUCGUGCUGGCUCAGGUCAGAGCUUCGUGCUGGCUCAGGUCAGAGCUUCGUGCUGGCUCAGGUCAGAGCUUCGUGCUGGCUCAGGUCAGAGCUUCGUGCUGGCUCAGGUCAGAGCUUCGUGCUGGCUCAGGUCAGAGCUUCGUGCUGGCUCAGGUCAGAGCUUCGUGCUGGCUCAGGUCAGAGCUUCGUGCUGGCUCAGGUCAGAGCUUCGUGCUGGCUCAGGUCAGAGCUUCGUGCUGGCUCAGGUCAGAGCUUCGUGCUGGCUCAGGUCAGAGCUUCGUGCUGGCUCAGGUCAGAGCUUCAUGUUGGCUCAGGUCAGAGCUUCAUGCUGGCUCAGGUCAGAGCUUCGUGCUGGCUCAGGUGCACGAAGGAGCUCAACCAGUGGGACAUCGUGCGGGAGUUCGGCUCCGACCCUGCCAACGGCUUGCCGCAGUUGGUGCUGGACACCGCAUGGCGAGUGCCCGACUGGCCUGCCAUGAAGGACGCCCUCGCUUCCAUGGAGCGCGCCUCCUACCCGAGAGAAUACCAAUGGAAAGUGAACCUGUACAAAGGAUAUCUGGCAAUAUGCUACGGCGAGGAGCAGACUCCUGCGACCGUAGACAAGAUCGUGGACGUGACCUCGGCGCUCUGCAUACGAGAGUGGAAGCGCCUGCCGCCCAUCGUGUCCCACAUCCACUUACCCUUCCUGCAGGCGGCGCAACAGGUAAUGGAGCUACAGGAAGCAUGGCAGAUUCAUCAGGGUCUACUACAAGGACGGUCAAGCAGUUUACAAGACAUGAAGGCAAUUGUAAAGACGUGGCGCAAUCGCCUGCCUGUCAUUGCCGACGACCUCAGUCACUGGUCGGACAUUUUCACGUGGCGACAGCAGCACUACCAGUUCAUCGUCACCCACUAUACCGACGCCGGCGAGACUGGACAGCAGAACAACAGCAUGCUAGGGGUGCACGCCUCCGCUCAGGCGAUCAUUCACUUCGGCAAAAUCGCCCGCAAGCACAACUCGACGAACGUCUGCCUUGAAUCCCUCUCACGUAUCCAUUCCAUACCUUCCGUCCCCAUCGUCGACUGCUUCCAGAAGAUCCGGCAGCAAGUCAAGUGUUAUCUGCACAUGGCUGUUGCCAACAACAUGGGCAAAACCGAACUGCAAGAGGGUCUGGAGGUCAUCGAGUCCACAAACUUGAAAUUCUUCACCAAGGAAAUGACGUCAGAGUUCUACGCGCUGAAGGGCCUCUUCCUGUCGCACCUCGGUCGUGCGGAUGAGGCCAACAAAGCCUUCAGUUCGAGCGUACAGUUCCACGACUUGUUACUCAAAGGUUGGUCGCUUUGGGGCGACUUCAUAGAAGUCGGCUUCUCGAGGGACACCAGCAACCUGAACGCCGCCGCUCAGGCAAUCAUCUGCUUCCUGCAUGCUGCUCGAUGCGACAAUGAAUUGAAGGCUCGCAAGUACAUAGCGAAGGUGUUCUGGCUGCUGAGUUUCGAGCCCGUGAGCGGCACGCAACUCACCGACGCGAUCGACAAGUACGGCAACGCCGUGCCUGCGCUGCAGUGGCUCGCCUGGAUACCGCAGCUGCUGACCUGCCUCGUCAGGAGGGAGGGCAAGGUUAUCUUGAACCUACUGAACAACGUGGGCAAGCUGUACCCCCAGGCCGUAUACCUGCCCGUACGCACACUCUACCUCACUCUGCGCAUUGAGCAGCGGGGCCGUUACAAGAGAGAUCCGCUCGGUGUGGCCCCACCACAACAGCCGCCAGGGCAGCAGCAGGGCAAUCAACUGCAGCAGUCUGGCGAAACCAUUCGUGCUACUGAGCCCAUGCGUCAUUGUUCUCGCAUCCUGCAGAUACAGCGAGACUAUCACCCUACGGUACUGGUGUCUCUUGAGGGCAUCGUUGAUCAGAUGACUUGGUUCCGAGAAAACUGGUAUGAAGAAGUGCUGCGCCAGUUGCGUCAGGCUCUUGCCAAGUGCUACUCAGUGGCUUUUGAGAACUCGGCAGCCGUGUCAGAAGCUGUCAUCACUCCUCACACACAAUCUUUCGUCAAGAAACUCGUGGCCACCUUCGGCUUGGGCAUUGAGAAUCUGAACAGCUCAGGCGUGGGUGUGGCCAGCGGUGCGAGCAACAACAGCAGCGCCGCUACCCACCACACCAGCACAGGCUCAGAGUCUCUGGCUAGGCGAGCCCAGGCAACCGUACAAGACCCUGUCUUCCAUAAACUCAAAGGGCAGUUUACUGCUGAUUUCGACUUCGCCCAGCCUGGCUCUGUGAAGCUUCAUCCUCUCAUCCACAAGCUCAAAAAGUGGAUUAAGAUCCUCGAGGCUCGUGUGAAGCUUCUACCUAAAUGGUUCUUGAUCGAAGACAAGUGUAGGUUCUUGAGCAACUUCAGCGUGCAGACUGCAGAGGUGGAGCUGCCUGGCGAGUGCCUUUUGCCCAAGAACUCGCGCUACUACAUCCGCAUCGCGCGCUUCCUGCCGAGGGUUGACAUCGUGCACAAGCACCAGUCAGCGCCCCGUCGCCUGCACAUCAGAGGCCACAAUGGGCGCGUCUAUCCCUACCUCGUCGUCAGCGACUCCAGCCUCAGCGAGUCCCGCCGAGAGGAACGCAUCCAGCAGCUCCUCAGGAUGCUCAAUGUCUUCUACACUAAACAAAAGGAGCCAAGUCGCCGCUUCAUUCACCUGUACGUGAGCCGGGUGGUGGCUUUCUCGCCCCAGAAUCGCCUGGUGGAAGACAACCCCAGCUCCCUGAGUCUCAUGGACAUCUACAGGGAGCGAUGUCAAGCCAAACACCUCGAGCCUGACACUCCCAUCACGCGCUAUUACCAGCGACUCGAGGGCGUGCAAGCCAAAGGCGUGCAAGCUUCACACCAGGUACUACGCGACAUCGUAAAGGAGGUACAGAGCGGGAUGGUGCCGCGUACGAUGCUCACUGAGUGGGCCAUCGCGGCGUUCCCUAACGCCACCGACUACUGGACCUUCCGGAAGAUGGUGACGGUGCAGCUUGGGGUGCUGGGUCUCAUGGAAUACGUGCUGCACUUGACACGCCUCUACCCGGACAUGCUUUACCUCCACAGGGACUCAGGCCUUAUCAAUGUUGCUUACUUCAAGUUCAACGUGGAUGAUUCCAAAGGCGAGCUGGACGGCAGCAGAGCUGUGCCCUUCCGCCUGACCCCCAACCUGGCGACGCUAUGCACGAGUGUGGGCGUCACGGGGCCGCUGUCGGCGUCCAUGGUGGUGGCGGCGCGCUGCCUCUCCACGCCCUCCUUCAAACUGCAGGCGCUGCUUAGGGCCAUCCUCAGGGAUGAGAUCAUCACGUGGCACAAGCGACAAGAGGCGAGCGUGGAGGCGAUGAAUAACCCGAGCGGCAGCGUUGUUGCGGGCGGCGCAGCGCGCGGAGGGCCCAUCGACUCGGAAGCGCUCGUUUCGCGCGUAAACAAAGCCGUGACCAGCAUCCUGGCCCGCGUGCAGGCGCUCGCCAUGCUUGACCAAUCCGAGAGCAAGGCCACGCAGAUGGUGCGCGCUGUUCUGUGCGUGGACAACCUGUGCCGUAUGGACCCAGCCUGGCAUCCAUGGCUCUAAGUGGAUCGAUCAUCUCCAGCCAACGGCUCCUUUGUGCAUAACUUUUAUACGUACCAACGCAAGCCGGAUACCAAGUUAUUUUAAUAUUUUUGCCAGAGUGCAUUAUUUAUAGAUAGUAGGUACUUCAUGGUAUUCUCACUUGUGAUCUCUAUAUUGACAUUGAAGUUAUUUUUUUUAAUCAGCCCGAUGAUGUAAAUCAUUUAUGAAGUAAGAGGGGCUAAAUGAAACUACGAAUACCUUCUAUUUUCAUCUUAGAAAAGUACGAUGUAUAUAUUGGCUCUUUGUACAGUUGGGUGGCUGCUAUAAUUCGUAUUGCUAAUUGUAUCUCGUGUGAUUUCCAAAAAUGAAACUAAGGAAUCCCAAAAUAUGCGUUUCUAUUUACUUCGCAGCAACACGUGGCGUUGAUGGAGAAAGACUUUUCUCGUAGGCUUUUGAACAACCUUACUUAUGCGAAUCAUGGUCGAAUUUUGAUUUAGAUGUGCCUUUAAUACUUGCAUGUUGCGAUAGUGAUUGCUAAGUAAUAAUGUACUGGAACAUAGCGGAGGUGUAUGUUUGGUCUAAGAGACUCAAUUUAUGAAUGUUAAAACUAUCAAAGUAUUAAUUUCAAGUUUAUUCAAGUGAACUUGGCGAUCAAUAAGAAGAAACAAUCAUAGAGUUUUCAGGUCUUUCUGACCGCAAUUGAGUGGCUUCAGGGUUCCCAUUUGGGGACGAUGAGUCUAGGGUAAACUCUCAUGACGACGUUGUAGUGCGUGCCGGCUUCUUCGAAGCCUCCGAUGUGCCGCACCUCAGCGCGUGAUAUUUCAAUAAGAGAAGGAUUGGUUUUGCUUGGGUUCUGCUUCACGUAUUCCAGCACGUCGUCUAUCCUCAACUGUAACAAGAAAUUGCGUUAAAACUCGUUUGAUUCUAGGAACAAUUCAUUAUUAGAGUGCCUACAAAUAAUCUUAUUACAAGUGCUGUACGUUUCACUGGAACACUAUUGGGCUCUUGCUGCUUGCACACAUAGUAACGUAAUUAAUUAUUCGUGCUAUACUUGCUGCAUUUGAGUCAACUUCUAAGUUUCUCUCAAUUAUUGAUGCAUAACAUCGAAGAAAUUCGUAAUACUAUUAUGUUUUGCUCCGAAAACUCACCAUAUGACU